AUGCAAUCGGUCUCAAUAGUAGCUGUUAUUGCACUUGCUUUUGGCUGUGCACUUGCGUACGACGUUAAACUUAACCAACACUGGAAAUUAUGGAAGGAAACUAAUAAUAAACGUUAUUCAGAUAUUGAAGAAUUUACUCGUCGAAUCGUAUGGGAGGCUAACUUGAAAACAGUGAAUAAUCAUAAUCUUGAAGCUGAUCUUGGUGUUCAUACAUAUUGGCUUGGAAUGAAUAAAUAUGGUGAUUUGACCGUCAGUGAAUUUGUCCGAAUGAUGAAUGGUUACAAUGUUACAAUGCGUGCUGAACGUACUGAAAGUCGUCCUGAAUUUACACGUAAUUCAAAUGUUGCAUUACCAGAUACUGUUGAUUGGCGCGACAAAGGCUAUGUUACUGGUAUCAAAGAUCAAGGCCAAUGUGGUUCAUGUUGGGCUUUUUCAUCAACUGGUGCACUCGAAGGUCAACACUUCAAAGCUACUGGUCAACUUGUUUCGCUUUCAGAACAAAACUUAGUCGAUUGCUCACGCAAACAAGGUAACAUGGGUUGUAAUGGUGGCUUAAUGGAUCAAGCCUUCGAAUACAUCAAAGAAAACAAUGGUAUCGAUACCGAAGGUUCAUAUCCAUAUGAAGCCAUAGACAAUCAAUGCCGAUUCAAGACAGCCAGUGUUGGUGCUACUGAUACUGGUUUCACUGAUAUCAAAUCACAAGAUGAAGGUUCACUUCAAGAAGCUGUUGCUACUGUAGGUCCAAUUUCGGUUGCCAUCGAUGCUAGUCAUGCUUCAUUUCAAUUGUACAAACGUGGUGUCUACAACGAACCACUCUGCUCACCAGUUCGACUUGACCAUGGUGUUCUUGCCGUUGGUUAUGGUACAGACUCUGGCAAUGAUUAUUGGCUCGUUAAAAACAGUUGGGGUGUAGGCUGGGGUGAUAGUGGUUACAUCAAAAUGACACGUAACAAACGUAAUCAAUGCGGUAUUGCUACAGCUGCAAGUUAUCCAACUGUUUAA